CAAACAUUCUUAUCGAAUAAGUUUAUGUCUGUGAAAAACAUAAUAUGAUGUGUAUCUGGACGUGUUAGACUUUUUGAAUCCAUCUGUUAUAGAAAACUUCUAACUUCAAAUUUGAAAGCGUAUAUUUAUACACAUUGUGACACUAUAAUUUCGGAAUAUAUCAUACAUUCUAUUUGUAUUACGGAUGUUAUAGAAGGAUUUAUUAUUAAUCAUUUGAAUUCUAAGCAAAUCUCAAUGGACAAAAUGCCGAAUAAGCAAGGGCGGAAAAAACUGUGUUCACCGCUUGAUGCUGUAACUAAAAAUACUUCUCUUAUUAUUUCCAGAGAAAUUACUAAUGAAAAGUCUGCUACAACACUCGAAAGAUCACAUACGAUGUCGCUCUUUAAAGAUUCUUAUUUCAAUGUAAAUGAAGCACCUUCUUUGCCAGAAGACAAAGAAUACCACGUUUUCUUCAGCUACGAAUAUGCAAAUAGUGACAGAAACUGGGUGAAAGCUGUAGUUCGAGAACUAGAAAAUAAAGGUUUCAAGUGUUGUGUCUAUGAGAAGGAUAAAAAUCAGAGCCAAUCAUUUUCUUCAAACAUUCAGCAUUUCAUUGACAAAUCCAUGCGGAUUGUUAUAGUUCUAUCGAAUACUUACAUAAACGGUGAUUGGGCAAACAUGGAAAUGGAAAUUUUGUCUCGAGGAAACGUCAACGAUUUAGUCUUCAUUCCCGUAUUGAUCGAACCUUGUAAUAUUCCGCCGUUUCUGAAAGACUGUAUGUUCAUUAACGCUACCUGCAAGCAAGUUAAAUGGUGGGAUCAAUUUCUAGAACUGAUUCGAGGCGCUUGUCCUCCUUUGCCUCCAAAGAAAAAGUAUCACGCGUUUUUUGCACACACACCUAGAAACAAGUCGUGGGUUGCAGAUGUUGUGAAAAUGCUUGAAUCGCCAAAAGUUGGAAUAGUGUGCUGUUAUCCCGCCAGAAAUUUCAAAAAAGGACAAUCAAAACGAGAAUCAAUAGAGCAUGCAUUGAGACGUGCAGCAAAGGUAGUUGUCGUCAUCUCUGAUGAUUUUGUCAACCAAGAAUGGAGAAGAUACUAUGAAAAUAAGGUUCGCAGUAAAGAUAUAAUCCCUGUUAUUGUUGAAGAUAGUUUCAUCCCACCUGCUCUGGACGAAUGUGAAGCAAUAGAUGCAAGAUCGGACGAGUUUCAUUGGUUACCAAGCCUAUUUUCAGCUAUUACGGACAGUGUAUAUGUGCCAUCUGUGACAAGUUUAUCCAUAGAAGGUCCUGACUACGCCUCCAGUAGUUUAUCCGAUGAUAGCGAAAAGAGUCAAACAAUAUCUGAUGUCCACGUUUAAAAACAUUUAGAAAGAAAUCAUGCCAGCUGAUUUUUAUUAUUAAAAAAAAACACACAGACAGAAACCAGGAAAAUAUGUGAUUGAAAGUAACUGUAAAGUAAAAUGUAUGGAAAAUUAAACAUAUUUGGCAGUCAUACUUGUGUGGGAGGAAAUAGAAGAUAAACUACAAAAGGAUGUUGUUAAUAGAAUAUGACGUUAUUUCAGCAAUUUAUAAUUGAUUGUUAAUAUAUGUUUUUGUUAAAUACAUCUGUCUUGUUUUUAUGUAUAUUGUGAGAUUCAAAAUGAUAUACACGUA